AUGACAUCGAGAAACAUCCCGGAGAAACAUCCCGGAGAAACAUCCAUCCUUGGAAUUCUUUUUGUCAUAUCUAAAGUGGACGAUGACGAUGAUAUCCUGAUAUCAUCCUUUCAAGCAUCGGUAAGACUUGUAGGCGGAUCGACACCUUCGGAGGGCCGAGUUGAGAUUCUACAUGCUGGACGAUGGGGGACGAUCUGUGAUGAUUCAUGGGAUCUUGUAGAUGCCAACAUUGUCUGUAUGAGCCUUGGCUACGCCAACUCCGUAGCGGCUCUACGCAAUGCUCCGUUUGGCGAAGGCACAGGUGACAUUCUUCUAGAUGGAGUAGAGUGUUACGGGAACGAAUCCUCCAUUUUGGAUUGCCGUCACGGUGGUAUAGGGAUUCAAGACUGCCAUCACGACGAGGAUGCAGGGGUUCGAUGUUCCACUAGUGCAGUUCGUCUUGUGGACGGGAAAUACCCAUGGGAGGGAAGAGUUGAAGUGUUCAACGAUGGUGCCUGGGGAACUGUCUGCAGGGACAACUGGGACAUAGACGAUGCCGAAGUGGUCUGCAGAAGUCUAGGCCUAGGCGAGGCCAUCGAGGCAACAACCGUCAUGGACUACUACCAGGACUACCCAGAUGAUGCUGAGGUGGUUGAUGAUAUUUUCUUGGAUGAAGUCCAGUGCGUUGGAAACGAAUCCAUCUUGCUAGACUGUCCACACUCUGCCUUAGGCGUUCACGACUGUAACCAUUCACAAGAUGCAACAGUAACAUGCAAUACUGGCGGUAAAGAUAAUUCUUUAUGA